CAUACAGCCCUAAUUUUAGGGAAGUGCCCAUCACUAUUUCUUUUUGACAGUUGUUGUGAUUGACAGAUGGUCGCGAAAAGUAACCUCCGAACUGUGACGUUGUGUUUGUGAUUAUUUUUUGUUGUGGUUUGAUUAAAUUUGGAUUCAAAUUAACAAAAUAUUGCACACCAUAUGUACUAUUAAAUAGCGGACAUAAUCUGUCAUCCACAUGAACAAGGAUAAAAGAAAAUCAAAUGAAAUGGUCGCUACAAAGAAUAAAAAUAAAGUAUUAUCGUGUUCAACACCUGAUCGAGCUGAUUCCCCAUCAAGAGAUAGUGAUUCCAUAUGCGACUCGGAAGCGGCAAGUCCGGUACCAUUUUUAUGCACUCAAGAUGGAGCAGAAGGCGAAACAGACGUGGUAUGGAACUUUUACACCCCUAAAUCAGAGAAUGCAGCAAAAUCACGAAUCAAAAACUCAACGCCAGUUAGUCGGAGAUCAAAAAGGUCAAUCAAACCUAAAAUUAUUGAAAGACAACCUCCAAAACGAAGAGCUCUUAAACAAAGUUUACAUAAAAAGACUGAGUUAUUUCAGGAACUGAUGGAACUUAAUCAAAAUUUAGUAGAACUUAUGUCUAAGAAGACUCAAAAUAAAUGUACAGAAAAAGUGAAUUCAGCCAGUGAGGAUGACUGUAUGAGCGAAUCACCUGAAUUCUCUCCUAAAAGUAGAGUGAGAAGCAACUCUCGUUGCUUAAGAAGGAAUGUCCUGAGUUCUAAUUUUGUAAAACCUGAUCCAGAAGCAGCAUUGGAAUCCGAUGAUUCAAUGAAUGAAUGCCUGAUAAAAGCCAGCCAGGUUGUAGAAGAAAAUAUCUUGAAUGAAGCACCACCUUUAAAAAGGCCUUGUUAUGAAUCUAAAAUAAAAAAGAAUGUAAUAACAGAUCUAAAUUUUAAAAUGGACAAUGAUUCAAUGGAUGCCAUACUAAAUAGUAUAAAAUUGGAAUCACCAGUGGUAAAGAAAGUACAGAAAUGCUCAUCACCUCAACUGAAUAAUGACUCCUUUGAUAGUUUGGUUGGUAACUUAAAUGAUAGUGCCUUAGAAAGAUUAACACAGAUGCCUACAAAAUUAGACACAUCACAUAAUAAAAGCAAACCAAAUAGUUCUAAAGAUUCUUGGAUGAUAAAAGAACUUAUUGUUCAUGAUGCCAGUCCUUCUUCAAAAUCUAUAUUCAGCCGUCAUAGUUCUAUGCCUGUGUCACCAACUGUUAUGGAAAUGUCUAAGCCAUCAACUAGUGGAAUGGUUUUUGGGAGAUAUAAUUCAAUGCCUUUUGGCAAAGAGAAAGAGAGCUCUACAGACCAAGGAGACUCACCAAUUAGAUGCACUCCGGAAGAAAUUAAAAAGAAGCACCAGCUUGCCAGAGAAAAAUUAUUAGCAAAGAGACUCUUGCCAUUUACAUCAUCACAAAAGGCUUCCCAGUCCAUUUUUAAUUCACAACUAACCCAGCAACCUUUGCCAAAAAUAAAUGAAGAAAGUGUUACCAAUUUACCAAAAACAGGUGUACCCAAAAAGGUGCAGUUUCAACCUAAAAUUGCUAGUAGUGCAAUAUUACAAAACAAACCAAUGCCAAAUGUUCAACAGAAACCUAUCAGUAAUUCAGUAGACCUAAAGACAAUAAUUGAAAGGAAAAGACAAGAAGCUUUAAUGAAAUUAAGACGCAGACAAAUUCAGAGCAAGUGAUAAGAUUGUUUGAAGUUUCUUUUUUUAUAUUGAAUCGAAAAAUUAUGUUUUGUUUGAUUUAAAUAUUUUUAAAUAAGACAAGUAU